CCACAGUUGGUCAGCUGACCGACGGUCGGUCUGGUGACUGUCAAACCCGUGAAGGAGCACCGAUUCCCGGACACCUGCUCCACCAGGCCGAGGCCGGUCUUUGUGUCCCCGCUGAAGGAGCCUCUGAACCCGGACUGACUUUCUGACAUCCCCCGCUGUAGCCUGGAUCCCGGAUCUUUGGCGUAGACAAGUCGUGCUCGGAGCACCCGGACUCGGACCCUCGGCUGUGUGACCCCCCCACCCCCCAGCCGGCCCCGGGCUCAGACCCCCCCCCCCACCCCCGCUGACCACCAUGGACGUGCUGGAUCUUGCCAUGCAGGGACUGGCCGUGUUCGGUUUCAUCCUCUUCUUCGUGCUGUGGCUGAUGCACUUCAUGUCCAUCAUCUAUGUAGCAGCAUAUCUCCACCAUGUAGAUAAUGUGGUGUCUGUGCUGCAGUACGAGGUCCUGCUGUGUAUCCAGGACCUGGACGAUCCGGCUGUGGACGUCUGUAAGAAGCUGCUCGGGAAAUAUCCCAACGUAGACGCUCGGCUCUUCAUCGGGGGGAAGAAGGUGGGAAUCAACCCCAAGAUCAACAACCUGAUGCCGGGCUACGAGGGAGCCAAAUACGGCCUGGUCUGGAUCUGUGACAGCGGCAUCAGAGUGAAACCUGACACCCUGACAGAUCUGACCAAUCAGAUGACAGAGAAGGUGGGGUUGGUCCACGGGUUGCCGUACGUCGCUGACCGCCAAGGUUUCGCCGCUACACUGGAGCAGGUGUACUUCGGGACGUCCCACCCCCGCUCCUACAUCUCGGCCAACGUGACGGGGAUAAAGUGUGUGACGGGCAUGUCGUGUCUGAUGAGGAAGGACGUGUUGGACCAGGCCGGCGGAUUGGUCGCCUUCGCCCAGUACAUCGCCGAGGACUACUUCAUGGCUAAAGCCAUCGCAGACAGAGGCUGGAAGUUCUCCAUGGCAACGCAGGUGGCGAUGCAGAACUCAGGCUCGUACUCCAUUGGUCAGUUCCAGUCCCGCAUGAUCAGGUGGACCAAGCUGAGGAUCAACAUGCUUCCUGGCACCGUGCUGGAGCCCGUCUCCGAGUGCUUCCUGUCCAGCCUCAUCAUUGGCUGGGCUGCUCAUUAUGUGUUCAGGUGGGACAUGAUGGUCUUCUUCAUGUGUCACUGUCUCGCCUGGUUCAUCUCCGACUACAUCCAGCUGACAGGAGUUCAGGGCGGGGCUGUGUGCUACCCUGUGCCUGUCUGUGAUUGGCUGUGUGUUCUGUGUGCUACCCUGUGCCUGUCAGUGAUUGGCUCGGUUUAG